AAUAAAAUUUUAGUUUUACUUAUGUCUUUCUUAAUCUAGCUACCUUCAGUGAUGUAUAUCAUAGUAAUAUAUCAUAGUAAUGUUGUCUUUUAACAAUAUUUACAGUGGAAAUAUGCGAGACUUAACAGCUCAAGUGACUAGUAGGCUCCUACACUUCCCAGAAGUGACAAUUCAAGCCCUUGGAGAAGAUGAAAUAACGUUAGAGUCUGUGCUUCGUGGCAAAUUCGCUGCAGGGAAAAAUGGUGUAGCUUGCUUGGCGUGUGGCCCACAGCUUGAGGUGGUAAACUCUGUCACUGGAGAGCGGUUGUCUGCAUAUCGGUUCAAUGGAGUCAGUGAACAGUCUCCUGUAGUCCUAGCAGUGAAAGAAUUUUCUUGGCAGAAAAGAACUGGAUUGUUAAUAGGCCUGGAAGAAGCAGAAGGGAGUAUUCUGUGUCUUUAUGAUCUUGGUAUAUCAAGAGUUGUUAAAGCAGUUGUUCUUCCUGGAAGGGUAACUGCCAUAGAACCUAUAACUAAUCAUGGAGGAGCCAGCGCAAGCACUCAGCACUUACACCCAAGUCUGCGAUGGCUUUUUGGUGUGGCAGCUGUUGUUACUGAUGUUGGACAAAUUCUUCUUAUUGACCUGUGUUUGGAUGAUUUAGGCAAUCAAAAUGAAGUAGAAGCAUCAGACCUUGAAGUUGUAACUGGCAUUCCAGCUGAGGUUCCGCACAUCAGAGAGAGCGUGAUGAGGGAGGGCCGCCAUCUGUGUUUCCAGUUGGUGAGCCCCUCUGGCGUAGCUGUUUCCGCUCUCAGUUACAUUCCCAGGACCAAUCAGCUGGCCGUGGGGCUUUCUGAUGGCUAUCUAGCGCUUUGGAAUAUGAAAAGCUUAAAAAGAGAAUAUUACACUCAAUUGGAAGGUGGAAGAGUUCCUGUGUAUGCUGUGAUCUUUCAAGAACCUGAGAAUGAUCCUCGUAAUUGCUGUUACUUGUGGGCAGUUCAGUCCACACAAGAUAGUGAAGGCGAUAUUUUGAGUUUGCACCUGCUUCAGUUGGCCUUUGGUGAUAGAAAAUGUUUGGCAUCAGGACAAAUCUUAUAUGAGGGAUUAGAAUAUUGUGAAGAAAGAUACACGCUGGAUCUUGCUGGUGGCAUGUUUCCUUUGAGGGGACAAAGUAGUAAUACCAAGCUGCUGGGAUGCCAGAGUAUAGAGAAGUUCCGAUCUCAUGGCGAGAGAGAAGAAAGCAUGAAUGAAGCACUCUCUCCAGACACCAGUGUUUCAGUCUUCACCUGGCAAGUGAAUACAUAUGGACAAGGAAAGCCUUCUGUCUAUCUCGGGCUUUUUGACAUAAAUCGUUGGUAUCAUGCACAAAUGCCAGAUUCUCUAAGAUCAGGAGAAUAUCUACAUAAUUGCUCUUAUUUUGCCUUGUGGUCAUUGGAUUCUGUUGUAAGUAGGACUUCUCCACAUUACAUCUUGGAUAUAUUAGUGCAUGAGAGAAGUUUAAGUCGAGGAGUUCCUCCUGCAUAUCCACCUCCAGAGCAGUUUUUUAACCCAAGUACUUUUAAUUUUGAUGCUACUUGUCUGUUGAACUCAGGGGUUAUCCAUAUCACUUGUACUGGCUUUCAGAAGGAGACAUUGACUUUUCUAAAGAAAUCAGGACCAGCUCUCAAUGAAGUCAUUCCUGAUGGUUAUAAUCGUUGUCUUGUAGCUGGCCUUCUCUCACCAAGACUUUUUGAUGUUCAGCCUUCCAGUUUAAGUCGUGAAGAACAGCUAGAAGCUGUAUUGUCAGCAGCAAUUCAGACAAGUUCCCUGGGACUUUUGACUGGUUGUAUCAGAAGGUGGAUAACAGAAGAACAACCAAAUUCUGCUGCUAAUUUGCGCUUUGUUCUUGAAUGGACAUGGAAUAAAGUUUCUGUCACAAAAGAGGAGUUUGACAGAUUAUGCGUGCCAUUGUUUGAUGGGUCGUGUCGUUUCAUCGACCCACAAACCAUCCAGUCCAUCCAGCAGUGCCAUUUGGUUCUGAGCAAUCUUAAUACUGUCUUCAGCUGUUUCACAUCAGAAGCUAAAGACAUCACCUUGAGAGGAAUGGUGGAUUUAAACAAUAAACAUCUGGUUACCCAGCUCAUCUGUCAGUAUGCACAAAUGGUUCUUUGGUUCUCUCACUCUGGACUUUUACCAGAAGGUUUAGAUGAUACCGUACAGCUGUCGAAGUUGUGCUACAACUACCCCAGCAUCCAGGGCUACUACACCAGCCACCGGCACAAGUGGAAGAGCUCCCCCAGAGGAAAGUGGAACCAUGAUUGCUUGAUGAUCGAUGGAUUGGUUGCUCAAUUAGGAGACCAAGUUGAAAAACUGUGGAAACGGGAUGAAGGAGGCACAGGAAAAUAUCCUCCUGCCAGUCUGCAUGCACUGCUUGACAUCUAUUUAUUAGAGAAUGUCACUGAAGCCAGCAAACAUUCUGUUACCAUUUAUUUGCUGCUUGAUAUUAUGUAUUCUUUUCCAAACAAAACGGAUACUCCUAUUGAAUCUUUUCCAACUGCCUUUGCCAUUUCAUGGGGCCAGGUUAAACUUAUUCAAGGAUUUUGGCUGAUAGAUCAUAAUGACUAUGAGAGUGGUUUAGAUCUUCUCUUUCACCCAGUUACUGCAAAGCCUGUGUCGUGGCAACAUGCGAGGAUUAUCCAAGCCUUCAUGAGUCAAGGAGAGCACAGACAGGCCCUCCGGUACAUUCAGACCAUGAGGCCUGCCGUCUCCAGGGAGAGUGACGUUGUCCUCCACCUCUCCGUUCUGCUGUUUAAUAAGUGCAUGGUCGAGGCCUGGGAUUUGUUGCGCCAACAUUCUAAUAGGCUGAAUGUGGAAGAGUUAUUAAAGCAUGCGUAUGAAAUCUGUCAGGAAAUGGGCUUAAUGGAGGAUUUGCUGAAAUUGCCAUUCACAGACACUGAGCAGGAAUGUUUAGUGAAGUUUCUACAGUCCAGUGCCAGUGUUCAGAAUCAGGAGUUUCUUCUAGUUCACCAUUUGCAGCGUGCCAAUUAUAUCCCUGCUUUGAAGCUAAACCAGACUCUGAAGAUUAAUCUUAUGAAUGAUCGUGAUCCUCGUUUGCGGGAGAGAUCAGUGGCUCGAAAUUCUAUAUUAGAUCAGUAUGGCAAAAUCCUUCCUAGAGUCCAGCGGAAAUUAGCCAUCGAGAGAGCUAAGCCUUACCAUUUGUCAACAGCAUCAGUUUUUCGAGAAGUUUCUAGACCUAAACCAUUGUCAACAUUUCCAAAGAAAACUGUAACAGGGGCCGUGUUAACAAGGUCUACUUUCAUCAAUAAUGUGCUCUCUAAGAUUGGAGAGGUGUGGGCAAGCAGUGAACCUAGAAAUAGCCCCUUGCUUCGUAGCAGUCCUAAAAUAGAACAGCCAUCUCCUGUAGUGUAUUCUCUCCCACAUCCAGAGCUGCCGGAAGCAUUUGUUGGAACACCAGUUUCAAAAACAUCACAGAAAAUUUCUAGAUUGCUGGAUUUGGUGGUUCAGCCUGUGCCCCAGCCUCCUCAGUGUUUGGAAUCUGUUCAGCAAAGCCCCACAAGAUCUCCUGGGUACUUACUACCCAGCUCAUUGCCAUUGAGUUCAAAAUUAAAACGAUCACAUCAGAAUACGUCUAGAUCUUCAGAAUUACUUUUACUUGAAACUCCUCUUAUAGUUAAGAAAGCAAAAACUUUAGCCCUAUCAGUUGCUUCUUCUGGAUUUGCUGAGUUUACUCCUCCAUCCAUCCUAAGGUCUGGUCUGCGAACAACACCUUUAGCAUCUCCAUCUCUGUCACCUCGAAGGUCUCUGUCUCCGCCUUUGCGACUUAAAGAAACUAGAAUAUCAUUCAUGGAAGAAGACGUGAACACAAAAUGGACUGCUGGAGCUUUCCAUAAAUGUGGCUUUCCAGCAGAAACUGAAUGGCUAAAGAGCAAAGAUAAAAGCCCAUCGUUUUCUCUGAAUAUCCCUGCAAAGGAUGAGGAAGGCAUGGAUUCAGGGUCACAAAGUACACCCUCACAAGGUGUGGAGAAACUGGAUGUGAGCAAGGAGAGCAGCAGUGUGUCAGCGAGAUCGGACCAGACCACCCUAGAGUAUCAGGAUGCACCGUCACCGGAAGACUUGGAAGAUAGUGUGUUCAUGUCCUCCAAGCCAGCAGACUCUUCCAGUGCACUAACUACUAAUUUAACGGAACAACCUGAGAAGGAUGGUGAUGAAGAUGUGAUUUCUUCAGAUGUGGAGAAACAAAUAGGCACGGUGGAAGUGGCGGAAGAGGCCAUUUCAGAAUUAAAUGAUGUAAGCCCCAUUCAAGGAGUUGGAGCUUCUCUUGGUGUGUCAUCGGUCCAUGAAGGGAAAAGCCUUCCUUCAUUGUCCAAGGUACCAGUUUGGGAUGAAGGAUUAACGCCUGUUGAAACGUGCACCUCUACAAUAAGAGCAGACAACAACAUGGCGGACAUGGCUGGCGGAAGCCCUGCACUCUCCACUUCAGAAAGCCCUGUGAUCUCUGACCAGGAAGUGGCACAGAAAGCAAAAGAUGAUGAUAUAGAAGCCGAUGUACUAAAACAAAGUAUUGACUUGCCAGAAGAAAAGCCUUCCAUUUCUGAUACUCCUCCAGAUUCUCAAGAAAUUCAUGUGGUUGGACAUGAUAAGUAUGCAGUUCACAAUUCAGAAGAAGAGACUAGGAACUUUUCAUUUCAAGAGUUGUAUCCCUCAGGAACUCUUAAACUCCAGUAUAAUUUUGAUACCAUUGAGCAGCAGUUCUGUGACUUGCCUGACAAUAAAGACCCUGCGGACUGUGACCUCGCCGAGGUGGACGGGGAACUCUUUGUGGCCCAGAGCAACUUCACGUUGAUCUUGGAAGGGGAGGAAGGCGAGGCGGAUGGGGGCGACGCUGCGGCCGCCCAGCCCACCAGGAAAGAGCAGGGGAACGAGGCGGAGCUCGAGGACCGGACUCACGCCCCCGUCCUGCCCCCUGCCUCCUCCAGCAGCGGGGACCACGGAGCCCAGACGCAGGAGACCCUGCCGUAUGUGCCUGAACCAAUGAAAGCAGCCAUUGCAGAAAACUUACUAGAUGUAAUUAAAGAUACAAGAAGUAAAGAGCUGAUGUCAGACGCAGUGGAACCGUCCGUUCAUGAAAGCCUACCUUUGAUAAGCCAGAAGGCAACACGUUCCAAGUCAGCCAAACCUGCACUGGAGGCUGUUGAGGAAUCCAGUCCAGGGGCCGUGAAUGUCAGCCGGAGCGAGGACGUGAUUUCCUCCAGAACUCGCACCAGGGGGCGGCGCGUCCAGAGCCUGGGCCCCUCCUCCGCGCCGCGGACGCCAGCUCCUGCGGCCACGCCCAAGACGCCAGGCCCCACGGCCAGGAAGAGAGCUGGGAAAUCCCGAGACGCUGCCGAGGCCUCCGAGAGUACCUGUGCGCACAUAACGAGGCUGUCUCAGAGCCAGGAAACCCCUCCAACCGCUCCGACCGCCCGCAGAGGAAGGAAGAAGAAAGUCCGUGUGGACACAUUAGAAAGUACCGGUGCUGGGGAGGAGGAAUUACAAGUUGCCCCAGGCAGGGGACCCAAAAGGUUAAAAUAUGAGCUGCCGGAACCUGCAACUAAAGAAACUCCUCUUCGAAAAGAAGUUAAGCAUUCAUCUCUUACAAAAGGCACACCGAGAAGAACAAAAAGGUCUACAGGAAAUCAGCACGGGGCUGAAAUGAUCAACGAUCUCACUGUUAAUCAAGUACCGAGUCCUAGCAGAACUGUCCUGAAGCUGAGGAGAGCUACCCUGGAAGCUCCUCAGAGCCCGGGAGGGGAGCGGGAGGGAGGCGCCAGCCAGCAGCCGGCUCUCCCGGGGAGAGGGGCCACAGGGAGAGGCGGUAGUGGGCUGAGUGGGCUACAAGAGUCUGAAGGAGACCCGUCCCUCCCGGCUCUCCCAGCAGAGCUGGCCGUGGCCCCCACACCAAGGAAACGCGGGAGGCCCAGGAAAGUAAAUCCAGCAGAAGACUCGGGGUCCAGGCCUGUUGGGGAAGAGACAAGUUCCAAGAAGAGAGAUGUUGUUAAUGUCCGGAGAUCUACAAGAAUCACCCCAGCUAGAAGCGCAAACUCCGCUUCAGUGCCAAGUGAGCUUGCCAAGGUGACAAGUUCUAGGAAAAGGAUCACCAAGGAGCCUGAAAAUGCGAGCCAGAAGCCUGCGCUCGGCUCCGCGUCCGCAGAGCACCGCGAUGAAGAGACACACCAAGAGCCACCUGACGGAGGAAGCGGGCUGAGGGCCAGCUCGGCUGUUGCCAAAUCUUCCCACAACACAAGGACUAGAUCGAGCAAGGCCCUCUUGUCGGACCUUCCGGAGCCCACGCACCAGCCUUUAUUUACUCCUGUAGCAAAGACUCCAAGGAAAGCAAAAGCUCAUGAAACAGAGACUUCUGCCCAGCUGAAGGAAUUAGUUUCGGAUUUAUCUUCUCAGUUUGCCUACUCACCUCCUGCUUUGAGGACCAGGCGAAAAUACACAUCAAGUACACCCAAGAUUGUAGAUGUGCUGGAAGAUGACACGAAAUCAGUGGAAGUUGUAGAAGAGCAAAAAGUGAAGCGAGCCAGGACUGUGAAGAGCAAGCAGGCAAACAAAAACAAGGGAAGAAAAAGGUCUUGGUCUCCUCCUCCAGUGGAGAUUAAGCUGAUUUCCCCCUUGGCGAGUCCAGCCGGGGAAGCAAAGAGCAACGCCCGCAAGCCUGCGGCCGCGGCAGGGAAAGCCCUCGGGAGGGGCAGGAAGAAGCCGGCUUCCUUCCCAAAGCAGAUUUUACGCAGGAAAAUGCUAUAAGUUUUUCUACGAUUUUAACGUACACCCAUUUAUAAAGUCCUCAGAAUUGUGUGGAUUAAAGUGAUCUAAUUUGGAAAAUAAUUUAUAUAAAUUAUUGUAAAUUUUUGUAAACAGAAAGUCUUCAAUAAGUAAAGUAGCUCCAUAUGGAGUGUGAUUCUUUUAGUCUAGGCAUUUUUCUAUUUUAUAUUAAGUCUUCAUACAUUUAUAUAAUAUGUGAAUACAGCUUAUUGGAAUGUUUAAUAAACUACUGUAAAUUAUACAAUUUGUGUGUGUUAGAUUUUUGAAAUGAAAUUGUUUUAAUGAUUUUAUAUGCUAGUAGUCAUUUGUCCCAUUUUCUCUAUCAUUGAAGUAUUAGACCAAUCUUAAAAUGAGGAUGAUUGAACUAUUGACUUAUUUUUAAAAAUUAUUUUAUAAUUUAUGCACUUUGAUUCUGUGAUUAAGAUUUCUAACCAUCAUGUAUUUUUACUGGUUGGUUUUGCCUGUUACUAUGUUGACAUUGAAUUGUGGGCAUGUAAUUUUGGCGCCUUUUUUGUAGUUUCACAAGUUUUGUGUAAUCUACCUCAAAAGUAAUGCAUUGAUUUUACUGUAAUGUUGGCAUUUCUUAUUCAGUGAGCUUAAAGACUAUUUAUCUCUAUAGUCUCUUCAGUCAGAGACUAAUUAUCCAGGUUAGAUUGACCGGUUCACUGCUUAUUAGCAAAAUCAUGACAGGAUUUGAGAAACAUAAAAUAAAUCUGUUGCGUGCCUAAUAUCAGGAAGAGCAGUCUGGACACCUUGACCAAGUUGUUCUGGGAAGGAACUGACUGGUGAGCGAAUCAUGGAAGUUAGAG